AUGGCCGCAGCUGCCACUCCUUCUGUCGCUGCGAGUGCGAGGCCGAGUCCUGCCCCCGCCGACGAGCGGGAAGACUCACGAUCAUCAUCCUCGUCAACCUCCCCCGCGCCAGCCGACAACGAAGAAUCCGACUUUUUUCUUGGAGGCAACGACUCGCAGUCGAGUAUAGGCGUACCCAACUUUCAAGAUAUGCAGGUCGAGGACGACUGCCAACCGCCCGUUCUUCGGUUGCCAAACGAGAUCCUCAUCAGCGUGUUUGCCAAGCUUAGUGCCACCUCCGACUUAUUUCACUGCAUGCUUGUUUGCAAACGCUGGGCUCGGAACACCGUGGAUCAGUUAUGGCACCGUCCCGCUUGCACAAAUUGGAAGAACCAUGCCAGCAUCUGCCAGACCUUGGGGAUGCAGAACCCAUCCUUUAGAUACCGCGAUUUCAUUAAGCGCCUGAACCUUGCCGCCCUCGCCGACAAGGUCAACGAUGGCAGUGUAAUGCCUCUUUCGGUCUGUACUCGUGUCGAGCGUUUGACUCUUACAAACUGUCGUAACCUGACCGAUUCCGGCUUGAUCGCUCUCGUGGAGAACAGCAACUCGUUGUUGGCGCUCGAUAUUUCCAACGACAAGAACAUUACAGAACAGUCUAUCAACGCCAUCGCCAAGCACUGCAACCGACUUCAAGGACUCAACAUCUCGGGUUGUGACAGCAUUUCUGAUGAGAGCAUGAUCACUCUGGCGACUAGCUGUCGUUAUAUCAAGAGGCUUAAACUCAAUGAAUGCAGCCAGUUGCGGGAUGAUGCCAUCCACGCCUUCGCCGAGAACUGUCCUAACAUCCUAGAAAUUGACCUUCAACAAUGCGUUCGCGUCGGCAACGGCCCAGUGACAUCCCUUAUGGUCAAGGGCAACUGUCUACGGGAGUUGCGGUUGGCAAACUGCGAACUUAUCGAUGACGAAGCUUUCCUAUCACUACCCUACGGACGAACCUUCGAACACCUUCGUAUUCUCGACCUAACUUCAUGUCAUCGCUUGACAGACGCUGCUGUACAAAAGAUCAUUGAUGUGGCCCCUCGCCUUCGCAACCUUGUCCUUGCAAAGUGCCGAAACAUCACUGAUACCGCCGUCCAUGCUAUUUCUAAGCUUGGUAAGAACCUGCAUUACGUGCAUCUGGGUCACUGUGGGAAUAUCACCGACGAGGGUGUCAAGAAAUUGGUUCAGAACUGUAACCGUAUCCGAUACAUUGAUCUUGGCUGCUGCACCAACCUGACGGACGAAAGUGUCAAGCGCUUGGCACUCUUGCCCAAGUUGAAGCGUAUCGGCCUGGUGAAAUGUAGCUCUAUUACUGAUGAAUCAGUCUUCCAUCUUGCCGAAGCUGCGUAUCGUCCAAGAGUGCGACGAGACGCCAACGGAUUACUUGUUGGCAACGAGUACUACGCCUCUAGCCUCGAGCGAGUCCAUCUGAGUUAUUGCGUCAACUUGACCCUCAAGAGCAUUAUGAAGUUACUCAACUCCUGCCCACGACUAACCCACCUGAGCUUGACUGGAGUCAACGCCUUCCAACGUGAUGACUUCCAGCCGUACUGCCGGCAAGCUCCUCCUGAAUUCACCCAACACCAAAGAGACGUAUUCUGCGUUUUCUCUGGCACCAUGGUAUCCAAAUUCCGAGACUUUCUCAACACUUCACCCCAAUUCGAAGAUAUGUGGGAUAAUAGCUGGAACCGAGCAGCAACUGUCAGCUAUCGAGCACGUGCUGCUUCAGCCAACCAGCCAGCAGCUCCCACUGGAGAGGGAGCUGAUGAUGAGAUGGUCGAUGAUGAAAACGACUUCGAGGGAUUGGACGGCAGUGAGAUGAUUGUGGAUGCCCAAGCACAGAAUCCAGUUAACGGCAACGGAACCGUGAAUCCCAACGGAUUGAUGAACAACGCCUUCCAACAAACCAUCCCUGUACCUCCUCCGAUCCCAGGUUUCCCUAUAGGUCAGCACCCUACAUUCUACCCUUCGUUCGCUCGCUUCUUGCCUUCGUCGCCAUUCUUACGACAGGAUCCAAGAGUGCUCAGUCCGAUAUUCUUUCAGAACACCAUUAACAACAUAUUAGAAGACGGAAUGCCACAAAACUCGACCAGUCAGGCUAGCGCAGCACCUCUGGGCCAUGGUGCAUCUACAAAUCGGGAGUCCCCCACUGGCGCAAGCACAGCGACGAUCCACCGACCGCAAGAGAAUGGGGAUCAAUCUGACACGACGAACUGA